ACAAGACGUCUCAGCUACUUACAACACAGCCAGGCUUUUCAUGUCCGAAGCCGAACUGACAGAAAUAUACAGCAUCGAGGCGAGACUGAUCGGCUUCCAACAAUGGCUGAUCCAUUGAGACGACAAACUCGGGCUAAGGUGUACGUGACACGCACGGUGCCCCAGCGAGGUGUUGACAUUCUGCUGGAGGGAUGUAACGUGUCCAUGUGGAACAGCGAGGAGCGGGUCCCCCGGGGGGAACUUCUGCAGAGCGUGGUGGGUGUGGAGGGCAUCCUGUGCAUGCGAAGUGACCAGAUCGACAGAGAGGUUUUAGACGCGGCAGGGCCAUCUCUGCGAGCGGUUGCCACCAUGUCGACAAUGACGGAUCACAUCGACGUCAAGGAAUGCAACAGACGUGGCAUCCAGGUUGUCGUCAGUCCCGUCCAAUCAACGCAGGGCUUAGCUGACCUCACUCUGGCACUCAUUCUUCUUGCCUUUAAGACAUCCAACGAAGCAACCUACUUGGACAACUGCAAUUUGGCAAACGGCACGGUUAGCACCGUGUGCCUGAAGAACCUUCGCAACAAGACUUUUGGUAUAUACGGCCUAACCAUCCUCGGUCACGGCGUUGCUAAGCGACUGAAAGACCUGGGCGUGACCUGCAUCAUAGCAGCAGAUUAUCUCUACAGCAAGCAGACCUGCAACGCUGACAUUGAGAUCGUUUCCUGGAAGGAGCUAAUCAGCCGGUCAGACAUUAUGUGUAUUUGUGUACAGCACGACAACAACCCACCGCAGGUGUUCUCGAAGGAAGUGUUCCGGCAGAUGAAGAACACCGCCGUCAUCAUUGAUUGCCAGAACGGCAACGCCAUGAGCUACGUUGAUCUGUAUGAAGCCCUUCGGGGCGGGCACAUUGCUGCUGCUGGCAUUAACGACUGCAACCAGGAACCUGUUCCCUUUAAGUACCCCCUGACCGGUCUCCACAACUGUGUUUUCCUACCUCAGACGGACGAGAGGUUGUAUGACAUGCGCCACAAGUUGUCAAUGACGGUGGCAACGAGUCUGAAGAAUGCCCUGUGCGCUGAGGACCAGACCAAGGAAGUGUGUUAAAGAUUGGUGUUUUUCAUGGACCACAUGCUGAGCUUAUAACACCUGCGAGCUUCUAUUUCCCUGGCUACCUUGUACCCGUGUUAUUGUUCGGAGGGCUGGUCACAGGACGAGGCACUCGUGUCAGUCCGGAACUAGCCGAAUGGCGACUCGUGCUCUUCUCGUGGCAACUUUAUAAACUUGGUUCCGUCUUCGCGCAAAUGGGGCAAUUUUAUAAACUUGGUUCUCGCGCAAACGGACAUAAUAAGCCCAUUGCUGGUUCCGGGAAGAUGGCGAGUGGUGACGAAUUGAAAAUUCACGGAGUUAGAAUAGUCAUUGGAAGUCAGCAUUGCUGCGCCGUAUUCCACUGCGGCAAGAUUUCUCAGUGGCAAAUGUUAAAUGUUAUCCAAAAUUACGCAUUUGUGAAAUGUUCUUUAAUGUUGAAUUUGUAUUCUGUCUGAAAUAUGGUGCACAGUUAUAUACAACUCAACUUUUGAUAGGGACACUGUAAGAAAAGCUUUCAAGGACUUGUAUAAGAAAUGGUGUAUAAUGGAUUAACAGGUAUAACCUAUCAAAAGUUAUAAAUAUUUUAAGGAGUUGAAUGUAAUAUUUUUAUUUUUAUAUUUGUUCCCCCCCAUAAAAAAUAAAAAUAUAUAAAUAAAAAUAAAGUAAAAUUAAAUAAAAUAAAAACUAAAAACUGGCCCCACAUUUUGUUAUUGUGCAGGGAAAUCCCCGGUCCUUUAACUCCUGUAAUCUAGCUGUGUGGCAUUUGGAUUUGAAUUCCCUAACUGUUUGCGUUUAUGUGACCAUGGUGCAAUUCUCUACUAGGACUUUUGUACCUCAUAAAUAUUUCCUUGUUAUUUUAUGCAAUGCGCACUCGAUUCAGUGCCAUACUUAGGUGGUAUUAUUUCCAACUAUUUGGUUGCCCGGAUGCAGUCACAAUGUGCAAUAGGUUCAUGCAAGCUGUAUUCGGCGUAUUGCGGCAUAGGGCUUUCCACACACCUGGCACUACCUGGGGUGGUGAAAGUCACUGUCAUCUAUAUACGGACACCUGUCACAUGUAGUGCGAAAAGUAUGACAUUCGAUUUUGAAACCAGUUUGAUAUAUUUCAUUAUUGAUUCCCACCCAGUGUUGGCCGAGAUAACAUAUGGGACAGAAGCGAGCCGAGUGACAGCAAGUGUGCCUACAGUUAUUGUGCCAGUCGAGUCCAGAGGAGCUUUGUACAUAGUUUUAUGCGUCUUGUUUAUGGAUUUUUCAGCAUUGUAUUCCGCUAGUUGAAUUGGUCGAGAAUGACAUAUAAUGUUAGGACGGCAAGGGAGGUAAUAACGACAGAUGCUGUGUAUCGAAUAGUCAAACUCGGUGUCUUGGACAACUGCUUUGUCUGGUUCAACACCAAACGCUUUAGCGGAAAAAGCCAAAGCGUUUUAGGAUUCAGUUAUAAUCAUUGUAAAGGGGAUCAGAAACAGUAAGAGCUGUUGACUGAUGGGUUUAUGAUACAGUAAUAUUCACACGAAACAUAACUCCGCACACUCACGGGAUAGAACUCUGUACACACAAAGGAGAUAACUCCGUACUUUUGAUUCGUUAAUCCGGUCAUUUGUACCUGCGGACGGUUUACAAGGGGGUGUACCGACCGGAUUAACGGCGUUUCACUGUGCAUUCGUAGUGAUAUAGGACAGUAGCAGACUAAUACUUGAUCUAAACCAAGCACGUUGCACACAGUUGCUCAAUUUGUGAGUCAGACCAAAUGGCUAUAUACAGGUAUAUAUUAUGACAAUAUUAUUCAUUUCAGAAUAAUGACAAUUAUGCAAGCCUUUCUGUCUUUUGAGUUUUCUACCUUUUGUACGUUUCUAAGAACGAAGACUGCUUUGGAGACAAAAUUCAGCUUGGCGACAAAAUGCUAGUAAUUCUUUGUUCAAGUCUUGGUCAGGAAGGGAAAAGGGGCGAUUUAUCUCAAAACAACGAAUUCCAAGUGGGAAUUUGCCAUUUCAUAAAGCAUUUGUGUUCGCAAAGAGGUUUGUAGCAAAAUGGGGUGAUGGAACACUGCCUAUGUUUUGGUAACAAAACAAAGAACGGGUAAAUAAUACGAGAGGUGGAUAUUGUUUGGUGGAAAACAGUAGACGGGGUAUUGUAUAUUGUUUUCAUGUCGCUGUUUCGAUCGGGGAUUCACGUCAUCAUCCAAGAAUUACAUGUUGGAUUUCAGAUUUUUAGAUCAGGCAUAGUUGAUCUCGUAUGUGGGCGUGAGAGAGUAUUGGUAGUAUAAGGCAUGUUUGACGUGCUUACAUUGAAGAUUGUUAUGUUUGUUUUGUCAAAUACACGUUCGCAGAGGGCAUGAUUUGUACAUAUAGCACAUUGAGGCUCCCUUUUAAUGCCUAUGUAUUUUAAUGCAAAUAAAAAACAUAAAACUUG